UUUCUUUUUAUAUAUCCGAACAAGGAGGCUAGGUUGUGCAGCUUACCUAAUGAAUAAUUAUAAAUAAUUACAACAGCUUCAAUUAUUUUUAUCAACUCUCCUUACAAGUUUCAAUAUUCAAUCAUUUGUCAACUUGUUCCAGGUAUAUAUACAUCUGUUCAAAUAUUCAUUUGAUCGCCCACUACUUUCCCUGUUUUCUCCCGCACAGAGAGAGAGAGAGAGAGAGAGAGAGAGAGAGAGAGAGAGAGAGAGAGAGAUGAAGGCAUUCAUAGCUUCCAUCAUCAUCGUCAUCUUUGGCUUAUCAGCCAGAGUGAAUUCACAAACAGAUUCAUGCAGCUCGAGUCUAAACUUGCAGAAUGUCAAUUUGCCAUUUGAUGCAGCUUCUCUCAAUUGCCUUGUUGUUUGGGAUGCUCAUAACUACAUCCUCAGAUACUCACAAACUUCAUCAAACCUAUGGACCUUUGUCCUCUCAGCACCUGCUGCUAAUUCAUACAUUGCAAUUGGGUUCUCAAGCAACGGCCGGAUGGUGGGUUCCAGUGCAAUUGUGGGGUGGAUGUCCUCAACAGGAGGAGAGAUCAAACCUUAUUACUUGGGUGGGACCUCACCUAACCUUGUGGAGCCCAACAAGGGGAGCCUUCAAGUUGGAACCAACUUUUCCUUAAUUACAUCCCAGUCCAACAGAUUGUACCUAGGGUUCCAAUUGGAGACCAAUCAGCCGCUAUCAAGGCUCAUAUACUCUGUUGGACCAGAUGGGUUGCUGCCUGUGGCUCCCAACUACAGAUUGAGUGAGCAUAGAGACAAGGUCUCCACCUACAUAAAUUAUGUCACAGGUCAAAGUAAAUUGAGCACGAAGAGUCCACAUUCAAGACUGAGGAAGAGCCAUGGAGUACUAAACAUGCUAGGAUGGGGCAUUUUGAUGAUAAUUGGAGUAAUAGUGGCUCGUUACUUGAAACCAUAUGAUCCACUUUGGUUUUAUCUUCAUACUUGCAUUCAGUCAUUUGGGCUUGUAUUCGGAAUAAUAGGUGUUUUUUGUGGAUUUGUCUUAAACAAUAAGCUCAAUGCUGAUGUCUCCACCCACAAAUCUCUUGGUAUCUUCAUUCUUGUGCUCGGUUGUCUUCAGGUCAUGGCUCUUUUGAUUCGACCGGAGAAGGAAUCGAAGGUGCGAAAGUACUGGAAUUGGUACCAUCAUGGUGUGGGAAGGAUUCUGAUCAUUUUUGCCGUAGCAAAUGUUUUCUAUGGAAUCCAUUUGGGAGAGAACGGAAAGGGAUGGAGUGCUGGCUAUGGAGUUGUUAUUGCUAUCUUAUUUGUUACUGCUUUAAUUUUUGAAUUAAGAUUGUGGCUUAGAAAAUAAAGUGUGUAUGUGGGGGGAGGGGGCACUUUCUCUUUGUUUAUUACUAAUUAGACAUUCUAAUUUGAAAGUUUUUCUUUUAAUCAUCUCAUGAAUUUGAAGUGAUACAGAUAUACCAUUUAUGUAUAUGACAUAUGCCUUUCAGAAAUUUUUGCACUGUAAUUUGUUUCUCACACACUCAUGUUUAAUCUUGUA